AUGUUGGUGGUACCAGGGGUGAUGGCCCAGUGGGGCGACCGCUACCUGGAGGCGCUGAUGGCGCUCUUUGGCUGCUUUUCAAGUAUGCUUACCACGACAAGGUUCUGCCACGACCAAUUGGAUCAAUCAGCGGUGUGUGUUUGUGAGCUUAAGCCGGCCUAUGCUACCCUUGUCGGUUGUGUGGCUCAAUUUGUCGGCACCGACUUCGGCACCGAAUUGGCGAAACUAUGUCCCCAAAACGCCCUGGCUGAGGCGAUUGAGAGUGGGUUUCGAUUGUUUAUUGAGUUGGCCACUGAUGAUCACAACAGGACUGAUGUUCCGGUUAAUUUAACUACCAAUGCCACGGGGGAGUAUGUCGCUUCUUUCCGCAACUAUUUGGGCAAUUACAACACGCUGGUACGUCUCGCCGUGGCCCUCGUGGGCUACUGGGGCGUGGUAUUCCUUAUUCAUGCUUUGGUGCUUUGGUUACGUCCGAUUAUCCCUAAAUAUAAUUGGGGUGGAAUCAGGACAUAUCUCACUACUCCGGCUCUUGGACGAUUCCAUAAGGAUACGGCAGUGACGAUAAAUGGUAUUGACACCGGUUUGAUCCCGUCAAGAGUUCAACUGGUAGUGAUUAUGGGUUUUAUGGCCUUGACGGUGUACCUCUCAGUGGUGGACAUUUCCUACCCUUUAGAUGAUAAGAUAUUUGCCCAACUACCAUACCCCAGGACUCAAGCUCUCGCUCAUAUGAUUGGUGACCGGUGUGGAGUGCUAGCGACGUUUCUUAUCCCAUUAUUAGUGGCAUUUGCUGGUAGGAACAAUCUUCUCCAAUGGCUCACGGGAGUCAACUAUGCGACAUUUGUGUGCUACCACCGGUGGAUUCUGAGGGUAGUAGUGGCUCAAUUAGUGGUUCACGCCAUUGCUUUCACCGUCUACUUUAGGGGGAGAGCGUGGACUGAGUACCGCCAAACGUAUAUGAUCGGGGGCAUAUUGGGUUUGUUAGCCAUGCUCGUGUUGGUGGUGCAAGCGUUUAUGGCAUUAAGAAGACGGUGGUAUGAAGCGUUCCUUGCUAUCCACAUCACGGCUUCAGUAGUGAUGGUGGGUGCCCUGGUGGUCCACUUAUGGCACUUGGGGUGGCUGUCCUACAUCUGGUAUGCUCUCGGAGUAUGGGUACUCGAUCGAGUGGCUCGAGUGGUACGGAUAAUGGCUUUCGGAGCUAAAAGGGCUCAAGUAACCCUCAUUGACGAUACGUUAAAAGUGGUGAUCCCUUGUGCAAAGUCAGUCCCCGCGGGUGGCCAUGUGUUCCUCCACUUUUUCACUUCAGCUAAAGAAGUAUGGCAAUCACACCCGUUUACGUAUAUCUUGGAUGAAGCCGAACAAACAAUGGUGGUGUUCAUUAAAGUGAAACAGGGUCUCACAGCUAAGAUUGCCAACAGGCUUGUGAAUGCCAUAAUCCCCACGGAGGAGAUUACCGUACUUGUUGAUGGUCCCUAUGGUGAACCAGCCCCUUACCUCGAGUUUGAUCGAGUGGUAUUCAUUGCUGGUGGCCACGGUAUCCCUGGCUUGUUUAACGAGCUCCAAACGUAUACCACCAUCAAGUCUAAGACUCCCACUCGGCUCUUAUGGGUAUCACGCUCUCACCGCUGGUUCCACCGGUACUUGGGCCAGCUACCCGAUACCGUCGAUGUCGAACUAUACUCCACCACUGGCUCUACUACUGAUGAGACUACUCCCUUACCUCUGCUGGUGAAAGUGGAAAAAGGAAGACCCUCAAUGGCGAUGGUGGUGGCGGAAGAAGUCGCCGCUACCCAGGGAAGUAUCGCGUUUGUCGGGUGUGGCCAUCCAGCGUUGAUGGACGAUUUACGGGCCCAAGUGGCGGCUAUCGACCAUAGUCAUCACGUCGAGUUUUUCGACCAGCUCCAAGUGUGGGCCUAG